GGAGGGACGCAGGGGCGCAGCCUCGGUGCCUGGGCGCCGAGCGUGCGUGGUUUCAGCUCUGCGGUGGAUGCUGUGGCUGCUCGUCCGUGCGAGACUCGGUGCCGUGCGGACGGGCGAGCUUCGCUCGCACUGCUUUUUGAGCCCGCCAUGAGGCGCCUGGGCUCGGUGCAGCGGAAAAUGCCGUGUGUGUUUGUGACGGAGGUGAAAGAGGAGCCCUCCAGCAAACGGGAGCAUCAGCCAUUUAAAGUUUUGGCAACUGAAACUAUAAGUCACAAGGCGUUAGACGCAGAUAUAUACAGUGCAAUUCCAACAGAAAAAGUGGAUGGAACAUGUUGUUAUGUUACUACCUACAAAGGUCAGCCGUACCUUUGGGCUCGGCUAGACAGAAAACCUAACAAACUAGCUGAGAAAAGAUUUAAAAAUUUUCUACAUUCAAAACAAAACUCAAAAGAAUUUUUUUGGAAUGUUGAGGAGGACUUCAAACCUGUUCCAGAGUGCUGGAUACCAGCGAAGGAAAUAGAACAAUUAAAUGGGAAUCCAAUGCCUGACGAAAAUGGACACAUUCCUGGUUGGGUACCAGUAGAGAAAAAUAAUAAACCGUAUUGCUGGCAUUCCUCUGUAGUUAAUUAUGAAUUUGAACUUGCCCUGGUACUGAAGCAUCAUCCUGAUGAUCCUGGUCUUUUGGAAAUUAGCACAGUGCCACUAUCAGAUCUCUUAGAGCAAACAUUGGAGCUUAUAGGAACAAAUAUUAAUGGAAACCCCUAUGGGUUAGGAAGCAAGAAGCAUCCAUUACAUCUUCUUAUACCACACGGAGCAUUUCAAAUAAGGAAUCUGCCUUCCUUGAAGCACAAUGAUCUGUUGUCCUGGUUUGAAGGUUGCAGAGAGGGUAAAAUUGAAGGAAUAGUAUGGCAUUGCAAUGAUGGCUGUUUAAUCAAGGUCCAUCGCCAUCAUCUUGGUUUACGCUGGCCAAUUCUAGAUACUUAUAUGAACUCAAAACCGGUUAUUAUCAACAUGAACCUGAACAAAUAUGACUAUGCCUUUGAUACUAAGUGUUUGUUUAAUCAUUUUUUAAAAAUAGAUAAUCAGAAAUUUGGUAGGCUCAAAGAUAUAAUACUAGAUGUAUAAACUGGAAAUGCAGUUAAAAACCAGCUUUAUUAUUGUUAUAUUAGAAUCUUGAAUAUUCUGCCAUGUUUAAAAGCUAAAAAUAUCUCAAGGUUCCUGUUUAUUGUUCAGUGUCUAAUAUGUCAAUGUGUCUUCUAGCAUUUGAAGAAAUGACUUUCCCAGUUGCAGAUAUCUAUUCAGUAUUUUAUUUAGAAUCAGGAAAUGAAUUUUAACUUCUGGACUUAAAAAUGUAAGUAAGAGUAAGCUCCUCAGCUUGUACAAAGGUUGGAUUCUGUCCACUAUAACUGGGUAGUAAUUUUAAAACAACAAUUAAAUCAACAAUUUUAGAUCAUUUACUUUCAAUAUUAAAUAGUUUAAGCUGA